AUGACAAUUAGUUACAAGAAAAAAACUUCACUUGAAAAACAUCUUCAUGAGUUUCGUGAUUAUCUGUUUAAAAUUCAAGUUGAAAGAUUGAAUACGAAUAAUGCAAGAGUUUAUUUUUUAGAUAAAAAAACUGAAGAAAAAAUUUCUAUUCCUAAGGAUAGGAUGGUAAUAUUGACAGAAGAACUUAUUCUGUCAAAAUUAAAUUCUAAAUCAGUCUCUGACGUUCGCAACUUAAAUCUUUGG